CGGAGCCCGGCACUGGGCGAGCUGCGGCCGCUGCCCUCCGCAGCGCAUCCCGCACAGCCCGGCUCGGCACGGCCCCUGCCCUGCGCCCCCAUCCCCGCCGCGCCCCUCACGGAGAGAGCCAGCCAUGGGUUGCUUUGAAUGUUGCAUUAAGUGCCUAGGAGGAGUGCCAUACGCUUCGCUGGUGGCAACCAUUCUCUGCUUCUCGGGGGUAGCCUUGUUUUGUGGUUGCGGCCAUGUGGCGCUUACAGGCACGGUGUCCAUCCUUGAGCAGCACUUCUCCACGACUGCCAGCGACCAUGCUUUGCUGAGUGAAGUAAUACAGCUAAUGCAGUAUGUAAUUUAUGGCAUUGCAUCAUUUUUCUUCUUAUAUGGAAUAAUCCUUUUGGCAGAAGGCUUUUAUACAACAAGUGCUGUGAAGGAGCUGCAUGGAGAGUUCAAAACGACAGCUUGUGGCCGCUGCAUCAGUGGGAUGUUUGUUUUCCUCACCUAUGUGCUUGGAGUGGCCUGGCUUGGGGUCUUUGGCUUCUCCGCUGUGCCUGUCUUUAUGUUCUAUAACAUAUGGUCAACUUGCGAAGUCAUCAAAUCUCUUCAGACAAAUAUGACAGUUCCAGGGGACCAGAUCUGCGUGGAUAUCAGGCAAUACGGUAUUAUCCCGUGGAAUGCUGUACCUGGCAAAGCCUGUGGUCCGAUCCUGGAGAACAUCUGCAACACGAACGAGUUCUACAUGUCUUAUCACCUGUUCAUUGUGGCUUGUGCUGGAGCUGGUGCCACUGUCAUAGCAUUGCUGAUCUACAUGAUGGCUACUACAUAUAACUAUGCUGUUUUGAAGUUUAAGAGUCGGGAAGAUUGCUGCACUAAAUUCUAAAUUGUAUAAGCCCAGUAAAGAGCUGCAUUGCUGUAGCUUGAAAUACCACUGACACCCUAGGCUAAAAGUCUAGCUUUCUGAAUUUUGUUACAGUAAUUGUAAAUAGCUUCAGUAAGCCUCAUUUAGCUUAUCAGAUUAAUAAAAUGACUUCUUGUAUAUGAACUAUGAUGUGGAUGAGAUCUGGCUAUUUUUUCCUGUUGAGAGGAUUCAGUUACUGUUGGACUGUUUAUAAAUCAUCCUUUGGAAGAUGGGACUUUUUCAUUUGAAGUCUCCAUUUGUUUUUUAGCAGUCAUCUCUAAAACAAAGACUGGAACAGUUCAGGGUCAGAAUUACUCAUCUAUUCUUCAUCCUAAACGACAACUACAAAAAACUCUGAGCAUACAAAUAUAUAUGAUACAAAAUAAAAAGAGUAAUAAAGUAGUGCCAAUCUCUUUUGGCAGAAAUCAGAAGGCCCAGUAUUAUGAAUUAGUCGGCUUGUCUUUCUGGUGUAUGGAUGAUUAAGUUGAUUAUUUUCUUUUACUUCAUUUUCAAAUAACUGCCAAAUCAUGCUCUCUCUGGAAGGAAAUACAUCCUUGUAUUAGCUCUGCGUAAAACAAUCACAUUCUGGUUUUGGACCCUAAACUUGUAAGAAAUAGCAUAUAAAUAGUUUCUGUUCUUGUAUGGCUUGCACUUUAGUAACUGAUUUCUCAGUAGCCAGAUCUCAAAAAUGUAAGUAUGACUGCACGGGAAGCAAAACCAUGCAUAGAUCAUAGAGACAUUUUUACACUGUUGGGGGGAAAAAAUAAAAAGUGAAUUAAUGUGUUCAGAUGUAGAUUUUUUGCAUGAAGUAUGGUGAAAAGAUGUUGGGAAGAGAUGAAUUCAAAAACUAGGAAAAAUCCACACAAUAAAAAAAAAAAGCUAAUUAUGACGUAAAACUUUUCACCUGAAGUUAGACAAUGGGAGAUUAAAAUGUAGUUAUAACAAUACAUGAUUAAGACUUCUUAACCCAGAGAUUGCAUGCUUUUGCUUAGUUUUGGACUCGUGUUUUGUUGUUUAAUUUUUCAAUGUGUUAAUGUAGCCUUGUUCACGUAAAUAAAACUGUUUACAAUUUCAGGCUUUUUCCAGGGGGAGGGUGGAAUUCUCAUCUGCUUGUUGGGGGAAAAGAAUUACCAGGAGCUGGGCUUGAAUAUACAUAAACACCACAACCUUAGAAACCAGUUCUUCUGAGCACCUCUUAGUUUACAUAGGAUCUAAAUUGCCACGUAUAAAAGUUUUUUUUUUUCCCGCUUCUCCCCAUUCUUCAUUUUAAUUGAUCCGUAUAACUCUUCAGCUCAUUUUAUUACUGUUGUACUAACUUUCUCUAAGUUGUGAAUAACCAACCUAAAUAUUAGCAUGCAAAAUUCUAGAGAUCUUUGAAAAUAGCCUCUGUGCUUGUUUUAAUAACAGAAUGCUUAUUAACGUAGAAUAACUUUUUUUGGUCAUUAUUGUAAAGAGCGUCUAUUAAUCUAACUAGCAGCUUGCUUUGCCUCUUGACAUGCUCACUAGCCAUCAUGCUCACCCUUCUCUUCCAGAUCCACUUCCUCAUGAUACUGUCUUCUAACUGGGCCUACUUAAAGGAUGCAAGCAAAAUGCAGGCCUACCAAGAUAUCAAAGCAAAAGAAGAGCAGGAGCUUCAGGAUAUCCAGUCUCGGUCAAAAGAGCAACUCAAUUCUUACACAUAAAUGUUUGCCACAGUAAUUCAGCAGAAGAAUUCUGUAGCUCUGACAAAUCAACAAAUAGCUGCUCUGCAGUACAGAUGUGUGUCUACCAAACAAAAUUAUAGAGAAGUGUAAAAGCUUCACGUUCAAGCUCCUGGAACACAUUACCCAUGGGAAGAUUUCCCUAUGAAUCUUCCAUCUCACGCAGAGAAUGGAGGUUUUAUUCCAGGCAUUUUAAAAGGCAACACUUCACAAUAAGUGACCAAAUUAUUCUACUUUGAGACGUUCAGAAUUUACUAUUUGACAUGCAGCAUGAAUUCCUGCACAAAACUGUGGCAGGUGCUCCAAACCAGCAAGCAGUAAAUGUUUGUACAGACCUUAGACAAAGGCACGUGUAAGAUGUGUGAUUUAGUAUCUCCUCAGUAUACAUACCAAAUGGAACUGUGGCUGGCUAAGAUUUCUGAUAGCCUGUGCUUAUUUGGAAGCACAGUUGCAGCGUUUUAUAAGUCAUAAUAGGGCAGCCUUUGAACACUCUUUACAUGGGCCACAGGAACAGCAAUCUACUUUUGUGCCACAGUUUUUUACGAUGAAACAGUCACUCUCCUGUGCUUACAUGAGUGUUGAGCAGAUGUCCCAAGUUUUAAUCUUUUUAUUAACUAUUUAAUGGAAUGUAGAUGCUUGGAUCUGGAUAAUGAUCCCCUUCUUUGAAAAUAAAUGUCAGCUUUGCCUUAAUAUUUAUUUUCUAUAAAUGUCUUAGCAUUUAUAUAGUGGCAGGAGACCAUUAUCCUUCAUUUUAAGUGAAAAGUGUUACCUUAUUAAAAUGACACUGAUGUGACUACUCCAAACGAGCAGAUGACGAAGUUUGCAGAGUUUUACACAAUAAAAAUGACAGCCAUAAAGCAGAAUACAGGAUGUCCACCUUUUCUCUAUCUUGGUGCUUAGCAAAUUUAUAGUCAGUGCUUAUGUGUUUUCCUUUUUACAAAUUAAUUAGCACAUUAAGAAAACGUGGUGUUCAGAAAAAAAACAACAACACAAACUGGUGCCAUUUUAAAGUAUUUCCCAUAGAAGUCUGCCUUCUAAUUAAUGUUUAUUUCAGAAGCUUUCAGUGAUAUCUUGAGUAUUAGUGAUGGUAUAUUUGGUGUUUGUUCUAUAUAAUAUAUAUAUAUAUAUAAAUGUGGGGGGAAAAGUAAAAUACAUCAGUCAUUUGAAAAAAAUUGAAUAUUCAAGUCAUACCCAUGUUAAGCUGACGUGUGGUUUGAUCGUUUUGACUGUUUGCUGAAUAUAAGUAAGUCAAAGGAAGCACAAAACUUCUUUUACGUCAGCAUUAAGAGAAAAGGCAUUUUGGGGGGUAUUAACUUCAGCUAUAAUUUUUCUGUUUAAUAUUGAAGUCUAAUUUGACAGUUUAAAAAGGGGGCAAAGUUGAUCAGUGUAGAGCAAAUAUGACAAAAUAGCCUAGUGUAUGUUCUUACCUGUUGCAUGAAGGAGACAUUUCUACAGCAAUGCAGGUGAUGUUCUAGCCCAGUGUUUGCAUAAGGGUAAUAAUGGAGGCAGUGUCUUAAAGCCUAAUUCUUUUCUAAUUCAGUGUAGCUAUUACUGGGAGUUUUUGAAGUUUUGUUUAAGUAGUCUAAUAUUUUUAUGUAAAGAGCAUUAAAUUUUGCUAUGUAUAAAUUUUUGUAACCUAACAGUGAAUCAAUAUUUUCUAUCAGUGCCAAGGGCUUCCUGUAGUUACAUCCAAGUGUUAAAAUAAAUAUUUGUAGAUAAUAGACAACACUUGUGUAUGCUUAUUUUAAAACAGACCUACAGCUACUCUAUACUAGUGCAUCUCUGUUUUAUAUCUCUAUCUGAAGUUAAACACAUUCUGUUCAAUAUUGUCCAUUUGAUAAUGUACUGCGAAAGGCUGCCCUGUAGGUGUAUGCUUCAGCAUGGUAAGUUUUUCUAGCAUUAACUACUGAUAGUUGUUCCAGGGCAGCAUAAAGCAACAAGCACUAUUCAGCCCGUGCUUGACAUCAGACAGAACGAAUUUCUGAGGAACUUUGUAAAUUCCAUCUUUGCUGCAACAUAAAAUUAAUUCAGCAGCAUGUAAAAUUAGACUAUCCCCUAAAUAUUUUGUCUUAAUUUAAAAAAGAAAGUGUGUCUCAUUUAUGGUACACCACAUUUCAACCUCCAAUGAAUUCCAGAGGGAGCUUCAGUUUUGCCCCUAAAUUCUGUCAAACUUGGCUUCAUGUUCCUGUAGUUAGGUCAAGGUAAGCAGCCUCCAAUGCAGUGCAAGUUGUACUAUAUGCUGCCGCCCAAAAUUACUUCAUUGAUAAAAAAUACUGUAUUUUAUACUGUAAAUAAAGUUUAAUGAUCUUGCCUUUAAUCUACCUACAAAAUGCAAAGCUUAAAUAAAGAUGAGUUAAAUAG